AUGGCUAUUCAAGAAUCUAAGUUAGCUGCUGUUGAUGAUGUUGUUUUGGCCAAAAUAUGGGGAGGUAGGGGGUUUUCGUCAGCUUCGGUGGACUCGUCUGGUCUCUCUGGGGGGCUGAUUUGUAUUUGGGACCCCUCCGUUUUCUCGUAUGUUGAUUGUUCUAAGAACAGGAACUUUCUGCUGGUUAACGGGUUCCUUAAGGGCUGUGGUUCUCCGAUUUGUAUCAUUAAUGUCUAUACGCCUCAGGGUAUUUCAGCUAAAAAGGAUUUAUGGGAUCUGCUUGAAGGGAUUGUUUCGGGGUACUCGGGUCUUUUGGUGUUAAUUGGGGACUUCAAUGCGGUUAGAUUUCCUGAGGAGCGCCUGAAUUCUAUGUUCAAGCCUCGGUGUGCGGGAAAUUUCAAUUCUUUUAUUUUCAACUCAAGUCUUUUGGAGUACAAGAUGCAGGAAAAACAGUUUACGAGGUGGGCGGCUAAUGGGAGAAAGAUGAGCAAGAUCGACAGGGCCUUGGUCAGUGCUGAGUUUUUUUCCAAGUGGCCAUCUACUUGUCUUAGGGCUCUUUGUAAUUUGUUCUCUGAUCAUUGUCCUUUGCUGUUAUCGACGAAGAGCUCCAAUUUCGGCCCGAUCCCUUUCCGGUGCUUUAACUCGUGGCUGGGCCGGCCCGGGUAUGAUGAAGUGGUUUCGGGGGCUGCUUCCGGAUUUGUGGGUGAUGGGCCCCCUGAUGUCUAUUUGAGUAAUAAACUUAGAUUUAUUAAAUCUCGUAUUCUGAAUUGGAGAGAUGAGUUGAAGGCGAAAGAGGAAGGGGAGGUUGCUAUUGCUAAGUCUGAUUUAGAGGGUCUUCAGCGAACUUUAGAGGAAAGGGAAUUGGAGGAAGAGGAAGAGUGGGCGAUGGCCGAAGCUAAGAAAAUCAUUCUUAUCUCCGAGGAGAAUUUCUCCAAGGAUAUACGACAAAGAUCUCGUGACAGAUGGAUUAAGGAUGGCGAUGAAAACUCCAAAUACUUUCACUCGGUGGUUAAUUACAGAAAGGCUAGGAACGGGAUCUUUGGGUUGGUUAUUGAUGGUGUGUGGUGCGACAAGCCUACUCGGGUCAAGAAGUAUGUGUUUGAGUUUUUUAGGGAUAAAUUCAAAGAACCUCACAUCGUCAGACCGUCCUAA